UUUUAAACAGAACACCAAAUAGCUGAAUUAGUUUUUUCCGACUGCCGAACAAUGAAUUUAAAAAAUUCCAAGUUUUACAAAAGAAUCCAAGAGUUGCGCCACUUUUCCAAAGAGAAGAUACGCAAGGAUCGCGAGCAACGUGGAUUGCCCGUGCCCGUAUUACGUGGCGUUGAGAUGGCGCUAUCCGAAUGCCAUUGCAAGCGUGAGGUUGAAAUGGAAUGGCCCUGCAUAUCGCCAGGACAUCGAGAGCAUACACCGCGAAAGAAAAUGGCUGGCAUAAAGGAAAAGAAAAAAUCGCAUGGAGCAGCCCGUUCAAAGGGUGGACAGGGCAUGCAUUUCAGAGCUGUAAAGCUUGUGAAUCCAGAAGACGAAGUUGAUGCCGAGGGCUUUAUACAGCUUAAUAAUGUACGAUAUCGGGUGUCAUGUCCAAGUAAAGGCGAAGUGCCGCGCAAAGGUGACGGUCCGUCUAUAAGCGAUUCGAAAAGCGCCAUUUGUGUGUCGAACUCACGCUAUGCCAUGAUAGGCCGUAUAUCCAAGUCCUUGGGCUUUAAGCUGGUCAAAGAGUCGAAAUUGUGGAACAUACUUUGGUCUGAUUCAUUUCCAGGCGUGGAACUUUUCAAAAACAUGAAACGUUUUCAGCAAAUUAAUCACUUUCCAGGCAUGAUCGAGAUUUGCCGCAAGGAUCUGCUCUCACGCAACUUGAAUCGCAUGCUUAAGUUGUAUCCGCAUGAUUAUAAGAUUUUUCCCAAAACUUGGAUGUUGCCAGCAGACUAUGGCGAUGCAAUGAACUAUGCACUAAAUCACAAACGGACAUUCAUACUAAAGCCGGACUCAGGAGCUCAAGGACGUGGUAUUUGGUUAACCAAUGAUUUGAAAACAAUUGGAGCUAAUGAGCGACUGAUUUGCCAAACCUACAUACAUCGACCGCUGCUUAUAGAUGGCUACAAGUUUGAUCUGCGAGUUUAUACACUCAUCACUUCGGUAGAUCCACUGCGUAUCUAUGUAUACAAUGAGGGACUGGCGCGCUUUGCGACCAACAAAUAUGUGGAGCCCACGCCCAACAAUGCAAACGAUCUGUAUAUGCACCUGACUAACUAUUCGGUGAACAAGCGCAAUUCACAAUAUGAUCUUUGCGAUAAUGAUGAUUGCGGCAGCAAACGCAAACUGAGCGCCAUUAACAAUUGGAUGAGGCGGCAUAACUAUGAUGUGGCAGAGUUCUGGUCGAAUGUGGACGAUGUGAUUAUUAAAACGGUGCUAAGCGCUUGGCCAGUGCUCAAGCAUAACUAUCAUGCCUGCUUUCCCGGUCAUGAUACCAUACAGGCUUGUUUUGAAAUUUUGGGUUUCGACAUAUUGGUCGAUUGGAAGCUCAAGCCGUAUAUAUUGGAGGUCAACCAUUCGCCUAGCUUUCAUACAAACGAGCAGGUCGAUCGUGAGGUCAAGCGACCGCUUAUAAAGGAUACGCUUACCUUGGUUAGCACAGUGCUGGCGGAUAAGAAGCAAAUUAUGCGUGAGGACCGCAAACGCGUCAAGCAGCGUUUGCUGAAAACCAAGGGCGAGACUCCCAUACGCCAGCGAUCUGUAGUGCCGCCAGUUAAACCCAGUGCAGCUAACGAGCCUCCAACUGCGCCAGAGCCGGAGCAAGAGGAAGGCUUGCUGGCUCAUCAAAUUGCUUGGGAGGAAAGUCAUUUGGGCAAUUUUCGCAAAAUUAUGCCACCCGAUGAUGCCACACGUUGCAGCUACUAUUGCAAGUUCUACAGUCAAACAAAUCAAGUCUCCAUAUUUGCAGAGACGGCAGCCAGCAAGAAGCGCGAGGAUCUGGCACGUAAAAUGCGUCUACAGAUUGAAGAGAAGCGCGCCAAACAGGAGCAGAUGUUGCUGCAGGCCAAAACCAAACGCAAGCGCAUUAUACAGCCACGCAUAGUGCGAGAGAAGCAGCGCAUACAGCAGUAUAGACUUAAGGAGAACUGGACGCCUGGCUUCAUCUCGGAUGCUGAGGAGCGACUGCGAAACACUUGGCAGCAUAUGCGCAAUGAGUCCAUUAAAAAUCUUAAAAUAACUGAGAAUAUCUAUUCAGUACUUUUUGAAUUUGGCCAUUUGAGUAAUACGGACAUCUCAGUAUUUCCAAACAUGUAUCAUAAUUUGCAGUGUGGCUUGGACAUCAGAGGCUCAACAUAACACACAACUUGGUGCAUGAUUUUUGGAAAAGUUUAUCUUCAAACAGAUGGAGCUAGGUAUAGUUCAAACCAAAGUUGUCGUAGUCCGGGUCUGAUACUAAGCUUACAAGUUAAGAGUUUCUACAUACAUGUAUGUAAUCAACAAGAAAUACGCACAUAUAUGUGUUUUUAAAUUUGUUAUGCUUUUUAAAUUUUAUUUGACUGUAACAUGCAAACCAUAUAAUAACAAAAUAUAAGUACAACUACAGAUGCAGUGAUUAGAAAAUAAA